AUGCACCCUCCAAGUAGAUUGUUCUACACUGCGGCCGUCGUGCUUCCUUUUCUCGGCGUUGCAGUCUCUUCGCCAGAACCAACGACGACUUCGACUACCGUUGUGCGCACGUCGAUUGGCGAUCGCACAAGUGAAGACACCCGGUCCUUGCGAGCGAUGGAUGGUCCCACUCAUGAAAUGACCGAACUCGACGAAGAUCGGUACAUUGCAUCUACGAACGUUCUUUGGUGGUUGGAGAAAUCGGAGAACGCGUGGAAGGCGGUUCUCGCGAAGACACCGUGGAAGGACUCUUUUUACAAGAUGCCGCCGAAGGAUUCUACCGUUAAGAUUCCGCUGAAGCAUCCUUCGUUCAAGAUACCCCCGAAAGAGUCUUCUCUCAAUAUACCCAAAACGAUUUCAAGGCAGACAAACCCUACAGCCGCGCAGUUAACAGCUCGGAGCGAACUAUUGAAGCUGGCCAGAGAGGGCAUAGACGUCAAAGACUUCGACUAUUGGCUACAGAUCGUUUUACAUCAAGGACAUGACUUCCGUAAUACACUUUUCGAACAGUGGAAGUCGAACGGCCUGGAUUUCGGUCGCCUGAAAUCGUUGUUGGAGGGAGCUGGCAAAGGCGACGACAGCCUCGUACUCACACUGGCGCAAGAUUUUGAUAAGUAUGUUGGAAAAGCAAAAUCGAUGACAUAG